GGCCUCAUAGGCACAACACACAAUCAUGUGACAUGCGCACUCGGCCCUGUUGUUGAGUUUGUUAUGACAAGUCGAGGCCUCGGACUAAAUUAGGAGCGAAGCCCCCGUCUCUGUCCGGGCGAAUCCGUGAUGGAAGGCAUGGACCUGGACCUGGACCAGGACCUGGUGCAGAAAUUCAGCUGCAUGGGCACAACUGACAAAGAUAUCCUGAUAUCGGAAUUUCAGAGGCUUCUCGGCUUCCAGCUAAACCCCGCCGGAUGCGCCUUCUUUCUGGACAUGACCAACUGGAAUUUACAAGCAGCGAUUGGAGCCUACUACGACUUUGAGAGUCCCAACAUCAGCGCACCGUGCAUGUCCUUCGUGAGUGACGUGACGAUCGGGGAGGGAGAAUCGGUUCCACCGGACACACAUUUCACAAAGACCUGGAGAGUACAGAACACGGGUUCAGAGUCGUGGCCUCCGGGGGUUUGUCUGAAGUAUGUUGGCGGAGAUCAGUUUGGUCACGUAAACAUGGUGAUGGUACGGUCUCUGGACCCCCAGGAGAUUGCUGAUGUCAGCGUGCAGAUGCAGAGCCCCGCAUCUCCUGGCAUGUACCAGGGCCAGUGGAGAAUGGCCACAGCCACCGGACUUUACUAUGGAGACGUCAUUUGGGUGAUCCUGAGUGUGGAGGUCGGAGGCCUCCUCGGCGUCACGCAGCAGCUGUCCUCUUUUCAAGCGGAGUUCAACACCCAGCCUCACCGCCGCCUGGAAGGAGACUACAACCCGUUCGCCUCGCCGGAGAAGAGCAAGUGCCCCAACGGCAACAACAACAGCCUCCACGAUGCCAGCGUUCACAGGGUCGCAGAGGAACAUUGGCAGGGGAGCCCCGACCAGCUGCAACAAGAUCAGAAUGGACUUUCACAAAACUCUGUGGAUUUAGUAGCAAAUAGUCUACAAAGCAAUCUAUCAGUAGUCUCUUAUAACCAGGUAAGACACGUCAAAGGGCAGGGGGAUGUCACAAAUCAGUGAGUCGUGGUUGAGGUUAUUGUCUUCCACCAUCAUUGGAAGGACAACUGGAAAGUCUGAAAGCUUUUUAUAAGUAACAAGAAGAAGAAAAUCUAUAAAUGCAAAGUUGAUGGUAAUGAUAUUUCUCAAAUGUGUUGUAGAUACAUUUAAAGUGGUGUGAGUUUAAAAUAAACCCUAUCGUGAGAACGGGAAUAUGUAAGUCACUUUUUAGGACUGCAGUAUUCGAUGAAUUUGGUUGCUCAUAUUUCCUUAUAUUAACUUUCCGCAUAUUAACUCAAAAGCUGCAGUGACAUUCGUUUCUUCCAUUUUCUAUUUUAACCUCAUCCUUUUAACAAACCGUUUCCAGCCACACAACUGGAUUAGUGAGGCUGUGAUUGGGCACGGUGGAGAUUUGCGACUCUAAGAUGCUGAUAUUCACCAGGUUUCUCAUUCCAGCGUCGUCUUUUAGCAUGGCAACCUUUGUAAAUGACUACUAAACACAAAGCAUAGCUUGGGUUGAUGACAACGUCGCUCAUUUAUCAGGUAUUUCAUCACAAAACAAACCCGCCAUCACGGCCUAAAACACCUAAUAAUGUACAAAAAUAGUUAAAGAUCACCAAUGGUUGAGUGAACAAGGCAACAGGAUUGAGGAUGCCAAUGCAGACACCGAGGCAGGACAAGGCAAAGAUGGAGAACUUUGGUAAACCAGCGUGUAUUAAAUGAUCAGGCUUACAGUCGGUCACCAGAGGGCGGAGGCGCGCCGCGGCUCACAACCGGUGCACCGCGUGAGAAACUGCCAGAGGCAAAGCGCCGGUGGGCUCUGGGGCCGUUAGAGCCAGAGGUGUCAGGUGGGGAAGGUUUGGACCUGUGGGGGGCAUCUGGUGGAAAGCUCGUCAGAAAGGCACAAGCCAACUGAAACCCAACAGAGGCCACCGCCCGAGCGCCACUUCAGCAUUGCAAAGUCUUUCGACGCUGAUUUUACAGGCGGUGAAUUUGUCCUCUUAGGACUUUGUUCUCAUUUUGGCUGUUAACGAUUUCUCUUCGUUACAGGGUAUGCAGGAGCCCUAUCCUUUCGGGCACUCUUAAAUCACGGGACUUGUCACAGCGAGGCAGCACUAAACCUCUGGAGUCUGUCGCACCGAUGAGAGAAAGAAGCUGUGCCCAGAUUGUGGCGAUUUUGAAAAAACAGUUUAUGCAAAGCCCGGCUACCCUUUGAGAAACCAGAGGCCGAUGCUCUCGACGUGCAGCUCAACCAACAUCCCGCCACCCGCUGUAUGCACGAGUGAAUGCUAAGUUAAAAAUGAGUGCUAUGAAUCUUUUUGAGUGGUGACUUUCCUUUUGUCAAAUUUCUUUUUUUUUUUUUUUUUUGUUGUCAAAGUGAAAAUGGGAAAAAACGUUAAGGGGUGUGUGUUUGUGAAAUGGUGUUUGUGAAAUGGUGUGUGUGUGCGCGCGCAUCGUGCAACCCGAAGGAGAGACUUUGGAGGAAAAGCCAUUUAUUUUGCCAUCUGAUUCUCCAGUUUCCCGUCUGGCUCUUGGUAUAUUAACUGGGUUUCUGCACCUGUUCCCUGUAACUAAAUGUAACCACCACCAACCACUGAACAUCAUGGCUUUCUUUCUGUAUUCGUUAUUUUUAAUAUACCCUUUUUAACAGAAAGGGGGGGGGGGGGGCAGCCACGUCCUUCACAACUAUAUCUUUAGCUCAUUUGACGUGGCGGGCGCAUGGCGUGCUGUCAUUUCGAUGCUGCCUGCGUACCAGCGAUGCACAGCGAGUCAGCCAUUGCUCACAAGAUGAGAGCUGAACUAUUUUAUUAUUUUUUUAACACAUGAAAUAAGAGUCGUUGCUUUGCAUACAUACAUACGUAGAUACAUAUCUUUGACAUAUUACAAGAGUAUUCAUUACCAGUAAUAAAGCCGUUUUAGAGAUCGCCCCAAUUAUUGUCUGAAGCUAUGAGUUAGUUGCGUUGCACAUGCACCCUGACACAAGACACUGAAUUCAAGCCAUAUGAACAGCGGUUAAAACAACCGUGCUCUAUGAAAACAUCAAUGUUCCUUUUAAUUUGAAAGCGGUCUUGGAGUUGCUUUUAUCAUAUUAGGUUGAAUGUAUUUGAUGAAUGUAGAAUGGAUAAUGUUUAUUAAUUCACCCAAAGAUUCAACAUUGUAUGUUUGCAUUAAACUGGCGGUUUUAUUAUUGUAA